AAUGGCUGAUGACUCAUCAUCAUCCCAAUCCUUCUUGAGGAAACACUGGGAAGGAUACAAGGAAUUUUGGGGCGAGCGAUUUUCCUUCUUGGACAACUAUUCCAGGUUCAUCAAGCGCGAUAAGCCACUCCCUUCUUGGUCCGAAUCCGAUGUUGAGGAAUUCAUUGCUUCUGACCCAGUUCACGGACCCACUCUGAAGACUGCUAGGGAAGCAGCAAAGAUUAGUGCUGUAGGAGGCGUAAUUGGAGCUGUUUCAACUGCAGGUGUUGCUUGGAAGUACUCCAGGAGUUUACAUGGUACUGCACUGUCUCUGGGAGCUGGAGCUGUCUUUGGCUGGACAUUUGGACAGGAAGUUGCCAACCACUGGCUACAGCUAUACAGGAUGGACACCAUGGCUGCUCAGGUUAAAUUCAUGGAAUGGUGGCAGAACAAGGCCGAAGGACAGUCCUAAUUCUCGUAUCGUAUCAUGGGUCAAAGGAUAGUUUCAAGUUUGGCUUUGGUGUUAAAUGUCAAUGAACUUCUUUCAGGAAUAAGAACCAAUCGCAGUGUUCAAAUUGUAACGGAGUGACAAUCUAUCUUUCCGUACUGAAUUGUUAUAGUAGAAUGCAGCUUCUGGCAGUUUUCUUUUAUAAAUUUGAUCAAUACAAAA